UGUUGUAGAUUGCAGAUGCCCGCACAUUCUCUCUCUGGACGCAACUAGCCCUAGCGAGUUGCGGCGAGAGUGAGUGCGUACGUGAGCCCUAGCGGGUUCGAGGAGGCAGCGCCGGCGGCGGAGAUGUCGACGCCGUCGAGAAAGCGCCUGAUGCGGGAUUUCAAGCGGCUGCAGCAUGACCCACCCGCCGGGAUCAGCGGCGCGCCGCACGACAACAACAUCAUGCUCUGGAACGCCGUCAUCUUCGGCCCGGAUGAUACGCCAUGGGACGGAGGCACAUUCAAGCUUACCUUGCAGUUUACAGAAGAUUACCCCAACAAGCCGCCAACUGUUCGUUUUGUCUCUAGGGUGUUUCACCCAAAUAUUUAUGCAGAUGGGAGCAUCUGCUUGGAUAUUCUACAGAACCAGUGGAGCCCUAUAUAUGACGUUGCUGCCAUAUUGACUUCUAUUCAGUCCUUGCUGUGUGAUCCAAACCCCAACUCUCCAGCAAAUUCGGAAGCUGCCAGAAUGUUCAGUGAGAACAAGCGAGAGUACAACCGUAAAGUCCGUGAGAUCGUGGAGCAGAGCUGGACUGCUGACUAAGGCAGGGGAAGGCGGCCAUUGCCAGAAAGUUGCAAUAAGCAACCAUGAAACCUUUAUUUAUGGCCCUCAAUAGUUGUUUCUCAGAUGAAACAUUAAACAUCUCCAGUGAUUGCUUGGUAGGUCAAAGUAUCUUUAGUGGUUGGUUCUCCGUGGUGAUUUUGUGCUGUGUCUCGUGGUACUGCUCUUUUAUGUUGUAUUGUCGAUCCUGCCUUGUGAAUUUAGGGGCAUCCUAUCCUAUGUAAAAAGUUAUAGCGUCGAAAUGGUUGAUGAACACCUGUCAUGUAUUGUUACUUGUCAGGCCUGAGCCGUGUGGCAGAUGUUAGUUUGUGAUUGCCCAGCGACACAUUUCAUUUA